UGAUUUUUUUUUUAUUAUAAAUUAUUUUAUGAUAAAAAAAAAAAAAAAUAUUGUAAUUAUAAAAAAAAAAAAAACUUAUAUAUUUAAAAGAAAUGAACAACAAUAUAGAAAAGGAACAACCAAUUAUAUUAAAAAGAAAAAGAGAAAAUUUCGAAGAUGAAAAUAAUUAUCAAAAUAAAUUAAAUAAAUAUUUUAAUUUAGUGUGGAAAAAUAUUUAUUUAAGGAAGUUAAUACUAUACUAUUUGAAGGUUUACAACAUAUUUUUUGGCAUCAGAACAUUUGACUCGGUAGAGUCGUUGCUGAAAUUCAAAAACAAGGAAUAUCUAAGCCAAGUAAUUAUCGAUAACAGCAUCAAGAAAGACAUGGUCCGAACUAAUGCCAAAAUACCCAGCUGGAUACAACUUAUUCAUAUACCAUCGUAUUACGACCAGUCCAUUUUGAAGGAUGCCUACAAUCUUCAUACUCUUUGUAUUUACGGUAACGAAUGCACUAUAGAGAUCCCACCAAACACAUUACCAGCCUCCAUUACAGACCUAAAGCUCUAUGGAUACACUUUUGAAAUACUUCAAGAUGUUUUACCAAAAAAUUUAAAAAAGUUUUCGUACAGCGUCAGAAAUAACAACACAAUUACCGAAAACUCUUUACCAGACUCGUUGCUGGAGCUUACCUUUCAUUUACAAAUUAUAAAUGACCAAUUCCCAAUCAAGAGAGGAUUUUUACCCAAAGGCUUGCUUACCCUAAACUUUGACAGUAUUUUCGACCUGGAACUUCCAAAUGACUUUGAAUUGCCACCAUCCUUGACCUCUUUAAACAUCAAGUGCAAAGAGCUUAACUUCAAACUGCCACCAACGCUAAAGAUAUUGACACUAAGGGUCUAUAGAUCGUUUAUUAAAGAGAAUGCACUGCCAUCAUCCCUCGAACACCUUUCAAUUUCGACGCUAAUAAUAAAUGACCAGAUAUACCAUUACCAACAACUAUCACACAAACUAAUUACAAGCAACAUAACAUCACUCGUACUCGGUAAUAACACACCCAUCAUUGAUAAAUUUGGUAUUUCAAUUCUUCCAAAAUGUUUGAAAAGCUUAUCAUUUCGUAAUUGCAAUGAAAGAUUGCUACCAUGGCUUCUACCGAAAGGUCUCGUAAAUCUUAAUUUCCAAAGUACCUUUGCAUCAUUUGAUAACGCUGGUUACCCUCUUAUAGAAGACAACAUAUUCCCAAACUCGUUAAAAUACAUUAACUUUGGCGCUUCUUAUAACCAACCAAUUGGUAUAAACGUUUUACCAAGGUCUGGUAACCUUAAAACUGUUAUUUUCGGGUGCUGCUUCAGUCAAAUUAUACAUCCAGAUUCGAUUCCAUCCAGUGUAGAACUACUUGUAAUAAAAAAUUCAAACUAUGAACACCCAAUAGUGUUGUCAAAUAACCCAAAGACCCUUAUUAAAUGCGAAAACAUAAACAGAUACAUAAAGCAAUUUGAACAUACCCCAGAACAAUUAGAAGCAUUGGCACUACCAGUAUUCUUCAAUGCCCAGCUAUCGUGUCUAUCUCUACAGAACUUUGUAAAUUUAAAGAAACUAAUAUUUGACUUUGAAUUUAACCAAGAAAUAUUAGAAAAAGACUUACCUUUAAACAAUAGAAUACAGACUUUAGAACUGGGCAAAGAGUUUAACAAGGUUUUAUAUUUAGAUUAUUUUAAGAAUUUGGAAUGCCUGAUCAUCAAUGGUGCGAACCCAACACUUCAAACCACAAUUACAACACUUCAAAAUAACGAUGAUGAAAAUGGCGAUGUGGGUGAAACUAAAACAUACAACUUUUACAGCUUGAAGGUAAUUGAAGUUACAAUUGACACAAGUACAAAAUUCCUUGAUAAUUUAGACCCCAUGUACUACCAGUUUAUUAAACUAAUCAAAAAACAUAACAGCAAACUUAAAUAUAAAUAAAUCACUAAAAAGAUUGACUAUUUUGGUAAUACAAUCAUAUAAUUGUAUUAAUUUUAUUUUAUUUU